GAUUGUGGUGUGGUUUCUGCGGUCAUCUUUACCCAUAAACAUGUACAUCAUCAACCCUCGCCAUGGCCAUCACCAUAAUUAUCAUCAUCACAAUCAUCAUCAUCAUGCUCAACAUGAAAUACCAUCGUCAACGUCAUCGGUAUUCAACUGUCAUGUGAACUUUUGACGGUGCAGCAGGCGUUGUCAUUGCUGGCUUGCGGUAAUUGCGGUCUGCGCUUUGCCAACAAUUAACUUAUGUCGAAGUCAGGAAGCAAGGAAGGAAGGCGGCCGAUUGGAGCCGAGGAUGAAUGCAAGAGGAAUCGGAACCCAUACUCUAUGCACGCAUACAAAGACAAAUGUUGGGCACACGUCUCAAUUCGAUAGUCUAUCUAAUGGCUCUAUUCAAUUUCCUUGUGAUACCCAUACAAAAUGUCAUAUAUCAUCGUCGCGAAAUGCUCUAUAAGCAGGUAUAUCCGUUCGAUAAUACACAAUUGCGUUACUAUAUACCAUUGAUAUGCCUAAAUUUUUGGGUUGGUGUCAUUAUCACAUCGAUGCUAUUCGGUGAGCUAAAUAUUCUGGGUGAACUGAUGAUGCAUUUGAAUGCCCGUUAUAUACAGUUGGGUCAAGAUUUACGAAAGGUAGCCCAACAUUUGCUUAACGAAAAUAAUGUCGACGAUAUGGCUUACAGUUAUCGACAGGCUUUUACCCGUAUCCUGCGUCGUAAUGUGUCCUUAAAUCAAUUUGGUGCCCAAGUGGAGAAGCAAUUCAGUUUUCGCAUUUUUGUGAUGUUCGCCUUUAGUGCCGCUCUGCUCUGUGCCAUGAGUUUUAAGGCCUACACGAACCCAUCGGGCAAUAUUGCCUAUGUGGUGUGGUUUAUGGCCAAGUUUCUGGAACUUGUGGCUUUUGGGAUGCUAGGAUCGAUUCUCUAUAAAACGACUGAUGAACUGGGACUUAUGUAUUAUCUCUGCGAUUGGGAACUGAUUGUCCAUCAAUCGCAUAAUGCUGGGGAAAAUGUUCAGUUAAUGAAGCUCCUAACUAUGGCCAUUGAAGUGAAUUCAAGACCAUUUUUUCUAACUGGCCUAAAAUAUUUUCGCGUCACUUUGGCAGCUGUAAUUAAGAUACUUCAAGGCGCCUUCUCCUAUUUUACUUUCCUGACAUCAAUGCGGUGAGCUGAGCUGAACUGACCAGAGCUGAGCUGAGAUAAUAAUAGAUUAUUAUUGUGCAUAUUGCGGUUAUUCAGAGUGCACUAUUAAUGCAUGAACAAAUAUCAAAAUUAUUUGAAAAUAAGUCAAAUUUCAUAGCCAUUAUUUGUGGCUUUGCCCUUAUUGGGCAAAUGUGCGUAUACACUCAC